UGAACCCUGCACUUGCAAUGUUCCCCAUGAAAGGCCCACUUUCUCCCUUACAAAAUCUCUCUCUACCUCCCCAAGCAUUAGGAAGAGCAAAAAUCAUCAAUUGAUAGACAGGAAGAAUAUGGGAGGGUGUGCAACAAAGCUGAAGGUUUUAAAGACCAGAGCUGUUGGUAAGCCGGCCGACGAACCUCUUCCAGAGGCGAAGAAAGAGGUAAUGGUAGUAAUGGAAGCUGGAGAUUACAGUGAGAGAGUGAAGGAGAUCGUCGGUGAUGAUAGCAUCAACGACAAGGGCGAUGAGCCUGCAACUCAUAAACGUCGUUCCCUUAGUCUCUUGCUUGAAGAGGUAAAAGAGGCGAAGACAGAGGUGGUGGAAGCUGGAGAUUAUAGUGGGAGAGUGAAGGAGAUUGUCGGCGAUGAUGAUGACAACGACAAGGUCGAUAAGCAAGGCACUCAUACACGUCGUUCUCUCAGUCUCUUAUUCGAAGAGGUAAAAGAGGCGAAGAAAGAGGUGAUGAUUAUGAUGGAGGCUGGAGAUUACCGUGAAAAAGUGAAGGAGAUCACUGGUGAUGAGGACGUCACCGACAAGACCGAUGAGCAUGGCAUUCAUAAACGUCGUUCCCUCAGUCUCUUGUUCGAAGAGGAGAGCAAGGAAUCGGCUAUAAAGGACAACGCGUCGACUGAGCUGGCGAAACAAGCGAAACAAUCAUUUAAAGGAGAUACUCCAAACAACAAUUUAGCAAAUGAAUCCAAACAAAGUGGAAAAUCAGAAGUUAUAGUUGAAGAGCAACUUGCUUUUGCUGCUGGAGUUGCUGCUCAAGAAGAGUCUGAAGAAACACAGAAGAUAGAUUUGGCGACGCCGAAACUUGUCAGAAAGACGACGCAGAUGGAGAAAAUUGAGGAAAAAGCCGAUGAGAACGUGGAAAUAAUGUGAGUAAGGCAGUUACAUAGCUUAUGGUUUGAGCUUAUGAGGAGUAGUUUUUACAUGGCAACACAUGCAAUGAUCUCGGCAUCCUUUCCCGUUUGUGAUCAGAACUUAUAAUUUUGGCUUACUUUGAUUAUUCUUAUUUGAGUUGAGCAUGUUAAUGAUAUUACUGUUUUUGCUUA